AUGACCACAAAAAAUUUACUUGAAGAAUACGAAGAAAAACGUGAUUUUAAAAAGACUCGUGAACCAAAACCAGUGUAUGAUGAAAAGAGUACGAACGAAUAUCGAUUUGUUGUUCAAGAACAUCAUGCUUCAAUACUUCAUUUUGAUUUUCGACUUGAAUAUAAUGGUGUUAUGAAAAGGUCAAUACCAAAAGGACCAAGUCUUAAUCCUCGUGAUAAACGUCUAGCAAUAAUGGUAGAAGAUCAUCCAAUACCUUAUAUGAAUUUUGAAGGAAAAAUACCAGAAGGAGAAUAUGGAGCAGGUGAAGUACGAACAUGGGAUAUUGGAACGUAUGAAUCUUUGAAUGAUAAUGAUGUUGAUUCAGGAAUAAAACAAGGAAAACUAACAUUUAGACUUCAUGGCAAAAAAUUACAAGGUGAAUUUUAUAUGAUUCGAUCACGAUUUGGAUCAAAACAACGAGCAAAUCAAUGGCUUUUAAUAAAAAAGAAAGAUGAAUUUGCGAAUGAACAUUUUGUACUUGAACGUAUACUUGAUUAUGGUUCACGACGAGAUUUACAAUCAUCAACUACUACUACUGCUAACAAGAAACGACAACGACAAUCGACAACAAAAUCACCUACACGAACAGCAAAAAAACGUUAA